UCGCCAGGGCCACCACGUGACUGCAGCGGGUGUAUAAAACAUAUCAGGCCUUGUGGUUCCCUUGAAAUCUCGGCGGGCCACUUCUGACGACGGUUUCAAGAUGAAGGCGCUUACAGCGAUCUGUCUGCUGCUGGUCUCACAGACUUUGGCAGAAAUCUCUGUCGAUGUUGGAGACGCCGAGCGCGGCGUGAACAUCCUGACACCAAGAGGAACCCAACCGCUCUACGAGCUGCAGGUUUUGGACAACCAGGAAACCGUCGAGAGUGACGACGUGGUCUAUGUAAGCCUGGUCACCAACGAUGACAACCGACCAAUCAAAAAGUUCCACGUCAGCAUCCAGAGCCCGGAUGAGUGCGGGUUCGGCCAGAUCCGCGGUAACCAUGACGACAUCCUCAAUAAGGAGGAGGGCGCCGUGGUGACGGCCAACGUCAACGUGGACUUGACCAAGGUGCCUCUCCGGUGGAAGACGCCUUCCUGCGGAUGUGUGACCGUCAGGGCCACCAUCUGGGAAGCGGAGGGAGUGUACCACCAGGAUGAGAGUACCGAGGGCCCCCUCACCAGGACCCUGUGCAUUGCUGUGCCAGACCUGGAGGAAACCGUGGAGAACAUUGACGUUGAGGAUGAGGUUGUCUCUGAACCAGUCGUCGGACCCAUCACCACUGUGGAGGGAGGCUGCCUAUCAGGUUUCACCCCGUUCAGGGACAGCUGCUUCAAGGCCUUCGAAAGUCCGGUGAAGUAUGAAGAGGCAAGCAGCCACUGCAGCAGCCUGGGGGGGUUCCUGGCCCUGCCGAAAGACCAGGACACCGUCGACUUCCUUCUCAACGAUGUGGCAGAUAGUCUGCAGAGCAUUUCAUUUUUCAUCGGCCUGAGUGAUAAAGAGGAAGAAGGAAGAUGGAUAUUUGCUGAUGGGACCGAUCUAGGUUGGAGCAACUGGGCCCCUGGCGAGCCCAACAAGCCUGGGAACGAGAGCUGCACUGAGUUGUACAUACAAGAUAUUGCAAAACGCAGCAAUGCACAAAGGGGACAGUGGAACAAUGUGAUCUGUGGACAUUGCGAGCGCCCAUACAUCUGUCAAGUCCCACUACCAGUUGUCUACGAACCCACCCUCGGAAACAUCACCAUCUUCGAUGUGGAAGAAGAUGAAACUCUAGGAGAAGACAUUGAUGAAGAUGAGGAGGAGGAAGAUCCUGAAGAAGUCUUCUGGAGGUCACCUGCUGCUCCCAAGGUCAAGAAAGAUGGAUCUUGCCGUGGCGGGGAAAGCUGUCCCCUGAGCCCCGUGUUCAUCAUGGAUGUAACACUAAGUACUGUAACAGUGUAAUGUGAUCUCUAUCCU